GUUUAGCCUCAAGCUGGCGUGGUUGAGAAUCCAAGAUGGCGGGUGCCAGUGUUGUAGUACCCCGCAAUUUUCGCUUGCUCGAGGAACUCGAAGAAGGUCAGAAAGGAGGUGACGGUUUUGUUAGCUGGGGCCUGGAGGACGACGACGAUAUGGACUUAAUAACAUGGACCGGUAUGAUCCUUGGUCCUCCAAGAACUGUAUAUGAAAACCGAAUAUAUAACCUCAGGAUAACAUGUGGUCCUAAAUAUCCAGAUGACCCACCUAAUGUGCGGUUUAAAACUAGGAUAAACAUCACUGGAGUGAAUGCUACUGGUGUUGUUGAUCCAAAAUCAUGUAAAGUAUUAAAAAGCUGGUUGAGGAGUAACACAAUAAAAACUAUCUUACAGGAGCUAAGGAGAAUGAUGACCCUAAAAGAGAACAUGAAGCUUCCUCAGCCACCAGAGGGAAGCAUGUAUGAUGGACAUUAAAUGAAACUUUGCUUUUCUAGAGGUUCUUCUACAAAUUACACUUAGCAGCAGUUCUCUUUUGAUGAAGAAAAAGCAGAUCUCUGUCAGUAUCUGAGCAUUUGUGUACCUACCCUUUGACUCAUAACAAGUCAGGGUUAAUGUUGGAUCAGGGGAGGGGUGGGUGCACAGUUGUUCAGAUACUGACAUUGAUCCAAAAAAGUCAUGUAAAGAAAACAAAGCAAUCCACCUGUAUCUUGAACAGUGUUCCUACAGUGCAUGUUUCUAGUGAGACUUUUGCACUUGUUAUAAACAUCAAACAAAUGCAUCAGCUAAUUUAGGUGCAAAUGUGUAAUGCUCCAAGGAAAUUCUUUAUCCCACUUUCAGUUGAGUUAGACAUUGUUGGAAUAUUUUCUCUUUUUUGGCCUAUGGACAAUGGUUUGUUAGAAGCUUCAAAGAAAUUUAGAUGUUAGUGUAGAGCUGCUUGGCUUGAAGAUACAUGUUAUCAAAAUGUAAAAUGAUAUCAACUUUAUUCAAUUCUAAGCAACAUGUAGCUUCUGGUGUGCUUUUUAGUACUUUUACUGACCUCAAGUCUCAAGUAAUGACUCGCAUGUAAGUGUUUGAUUGUUGUAAGUAAGUGAUGAAUUUCUUUUCCAAUUUGGUAUUUCUAGUGCAGAAAAAAAUAAAGAAAGUUUAUAACAAAAUUAA